AUUUGUUUUGUCAUUCUGGUGCGAACGCAAGCCGAUCGGGAGGUUUAGUUUUGUUUCGCAGAAAAUCGUUGUCUAUUUCGCUCGAAAAGUAGUUCUACUGGAGCCAAAACAAUGCCUGCGGAAGUGAUUAGUACCCCGGCGACAACCGGAAAUGGACCGGCUCCGGUACCGACCGCAGCAACUCCGAUCAGCAAAGUCAUCGUCCAUCCACUAGUGCUGCUCAGUGUGGUGGAUCAUUUCAACCGGAUGGGUAAAAUCGGAAACCAGAAACGAGUUGUGGGUGUGCUGCUGGGUUGUUGGAGGGCCAAGGGAGUUCUGGAUGUUUCCAAUAGUUUUGCAGUUCCCUUCGACGAGGACGAUAAAGACAAAUCGGUCUGGUUCCUGGACCACGACUAUCUGGAAAACAUGUAUGGUAUGUUCAAGAAGGUAAACGCCCGGGAAAGAAUCGUUGGUUGGUACCACACCGGGCCAAAACUUUGUCAGAACGAUAUCGCCAUCAACGAGCUGAUCCGCCGCUACUGUCCCAAUUCGGUUCUGGUCAUCAUCGACGCCAAACCGAAGGAUCUAGGACUUCCCACUGAAGCUUACAUUGCUGUGGAAGAAGUGCACGACGAUGGCAGCCCCACUUCGAAAACUUUCGAACAUGUUCCUAGCGAAAUUGGUGCCGAAGAAGCUGAGGAGGUCGGUGUGGAACACUUGCUGCGAGAUAUCAAGGACACUACUGUGGGCAGUUUGUCACAAAAGAUUACCAACCAGCUGUUGGGAUUGAAAGGACUGAAUUCUCAACUGCGAGAGAUCAAAAACUACCUAUUGAAGGUGGGCAAUGGUCAGCUGCCAGUCAACCAUCAAAUCGUUUACCAGUUACAGGAUAUUUUGAACCUGCUUCCGGAUAUUGCUCAGGAGAACUUCACCGACACCCUGUACGUGAAGACCAACGAUCAGAUGCUGGUUGUUUAUUUGGCUUCCCUGGUGCGAUCGAUCAUUGCCCUGCACAAUCUGAUCAAUAACAAACUCACUAAUCGCGAUGCCGAGGAGGGCAAGAAGACCGACGAUUCGAAGGAUAAGAAGGACGGAAAGGAUAAAACCGGAGACAAGGAGGGCGAUAAGGAUAAGAAAAAGGAUGAAAAGGACAAGAAGGAAGAUGGCAAGGGUGAGAAGGCGAAGGAUGAGAAAAAGAAGUAAAGCGAUAGGCUAUUGUGUUUACGUAUUGCAGAUUUAUGUAAUCUUACUUUAAUAAUAAAACUUAAUACCCAAGUUGGGAA